UUCAGUGUUUUGUUUUUGUUUAUUUCUUUUGCGAGGACAAAAAACGGCAGGGUUUUGGCCAAGCUUCCUACAUAAAUUUACUCUUGCAGUUGCAGAGGAACUGCAUGAACAGAAAGCUACAGAACAUGGCUGCCAUCAAGCUUGCUCGUCCAGUGGCUCUCCUGCUGUGUGGGUUCAUGGUGAUCAGUUACUCCAUUCAGAACACUGAGGCAAAGCAGGGUAGGAUUUGCACCAUGCACUGUCUGAAUGCGACGUACAUGACGUGCCCGCCCAAGGACAACGAGCAGCUGCAACCUGUCUGCAACUGCUGCCUCGCCGAUAAGAAAGGCUGCACCAUAUACCUGAGCGACGGGGGAGUGGAGAAAUGCAACUGAAGAACGUGUUCAUGAACUCCUCCUUGUAUGGUCAAAUGAUCAGAUAGAUCUUGCUGUUGAAUAAAAGGCCUCCAUAGUGUACUACAACUACUGUUUGGAUGCUAAUUUUUUUGAGAUUUGGAAAU